UGGUUUGACUUGAUCAGUCAUUUUCGCUUUUACUAGAGAAAGAGUAAAAGAGAGAGAGAGAGAGAGAUGGCAAUGAGAUCUCUGGUGCUGAGCCGAGCUGUACUGACUCGGGCUAUGGAGUCGACUCGGGGACCAACUCGCUACUUCAGCGAUAGCAAGGGCAGGGUUCUGAGCGAAGAAGAACGUGCUGCUGAGAACAUCUACAUCCAGAAAAUGGAGAGGGAAAGGUUGGAGAAACAGAAGCUGAAGGCUGAGAAAGAGAAGGCCGAGAAAGAAAAAGAGAAUUCUGGGAAGUUAUUCUCUGGUCUAGAUCCCCAUCCUUCAAAAAUGAUUUUGCCAUGGUGUUUUGUUUGAUUGAAGACGUCUUCUUAUCAAAUGCAGCACGUUGAAGAAGCCCGAGGGUACCCAUUCAGGCUGAAAUGCUCAUCUGCAAAAGAAAACUCUUGCUUUUGAAGUAAUGGUGAGAAUAAGAGUGUAAAUGACUUGUAACUCACAGUGAGGUUGGUUUUGUAUAGAGUAUGAUGUCUGAUAACUCGUUUCCUAAAUUCUGAUAGGCAUGACUGAACUGCUGUAUGCAGUUCUUUAAUCUAUCAAGUGGUUGUUUUUUGCCCAAGUAUUGAAAUCCUUUCUGUUGCAUGUUGCUACUUCAAUUUCUUUUCUAUUGGAUCUCUUUGGUCUA